AGUUUGUAUCGCUCGUCGCAGUAUGAGGAUUCGUGUGCCCAGAAUGACGUCGCUAGGCAAGUCUGCCGGACUCCUAGGCUGUUUUUAAUCAGUCCCCGGCUCGGGGAGCUAGGAAAUCAGAAAUCCGCGGCAAUGUUGACCUAAAGCAAAAACAUCCAUCUUAAUUGUCGAUUUAAAUCGGGCUGUCGAAAGAGCGCUUUUGCUGUUGAGGAUCACGCUGAGAUACGCAGCUUCGUACUUCUGCGCUUUAAAGCUGUCAGACCUGAAACUAGUGGAUGUAUGGGGAGAGUAAAUAGCAAUCAGCACACUGGGAAUAUUGUUAGGAAGAAAUACUUAUGAGUUUAUUAUACAUUUGUGUUUGGAUUAUUGCUGCCCGGCAACACGGCCACCUGACUAAAUUGGAUGUCGUAAUUAAGGUAUGUUAAUGAUCAAGUUAUGGAGACCAAAAGAUAUCACAGCUUGUUUGAGGGACCGGAAGCCCAGUGUAGGUGGGUCCAGGGGCCUAAUGAGGCAGACUACUGUGAUGCAGCAAAGCGAGGAUUUCAGGCCAGGACUGGUGCUCUGAUGGACCCCGCAAAUGCCAGCCGCCCUUCUGCCCCAGAACUUGGUUUUAAAGAGGGCGGUAGGGACAAGAUGGACCAUUCUGUGCUCUGCCCCAGCCAGAAUCAGCAGUUUGUCUUUCCGAGCUUCAGCGGUUCUGCUGCAGGCACAAAACUGGAAAUGGACUCGAAGGAGCUCUCCAAAACGGUGGCGGAGUCCAUGGGAUUGUACAUGAAUGCAGCGAGGGAAGUUGACUAUGGCAUAGCCCAGCAGCCAUCCCAAACGGGCCACUGCAGCCCCAGUAGCCUCUGUCCGGCUGUCGGGCAACACCAUGAAAACAACCUGGACCUGUCGACGAAGAGUCCAAAGCUGAAAUCUCCACCUUCGUCUUAUCACGGUGCGCCCCAUCCGGCAAAUGUCCUGUCGGUGGAUUGUGCUUCUGGCACCUUACCGGGCUCUGGUGCCCUGUCCGGAACGCUUAGCGGGAGUCCAGCGAACUCCAACAACUCGGCAGCCAGUCCGGCCAGUAACGCCAUGGUAUCAUCAACCACCAGCCCCACUUAUUUUGGCAGCACCUGCCCCACUCUCAGCAGCCCAGUCAGCCAGUCAGGAGCCACCCCAGGCCUUGCCGCCAUUCAUCCCCGAAACCCUACUGCCUGUAGCCCAGCUAACACAGCUAGCAUGGGGUCCCCCCACUCAAGCCCACCCAACAUUAUGCGAUCUCCGAUCUCCAGUCCUCAAAGCAUGAGCAGCGUGAAGUCACCACUCUCAUGUGGGGCUACCGUGAGGUCAUCUGUAUCCAGCCCAGCCGGCAACAACACUGCCAGCAGUAACAUGAGAGCAUCGCUUUCCAGUCCUGGGAGCAUUGGCGCCAUGGCUCUGUCGAGUCCUCGGAACUUGCCGGGUUUUCCCGUCUCCAGCCCUGCUGGUGGACUGGGCCUCGUGCAGAGUGACAUCCAUAGCCCAGUGGAGAGAGACCAAGACCUGAAAGGUUUCGAGUUCCCGAAGGUUGAGUGUGUCGAAGAGGAACUAUACAAUGUUGGCCUGGACCAGAUGGACAUGGUGAAGUUCAUAAAGAAUGAGCCAGACACCAACUUCAGAAGCAUGUGUCUGGGUGGCAGUAAGGGGAGCACGACCAACUCCACGUUCCCCAUACAGGUUAAAACUGAGCCAAACAAAGAGAUGACGUGUUUGAAUCCUCAUUACCACAACCAGGAGUCGUCUUUAAACCUUUAUACUACAACAGAGACCACUUACUUAUCCUUGAGAGACAAUAUGGAUGAAUAUAGUCUUUCUGGAAUAUUAGGACCUCCCGUCUCUUCGCUGAAUGGCAACUAUGAGCCUGGUGUUUUUCCAAAUAGUGUGUUGCCGAAAGCGAUUAAGCAGGAGUGUAACGAUGGCAGCUACUACCAGGAUGGCAAUACCAUUCAGACGCCGGCUGUUGUUGGAGUUAAUUCGGGUGGACAUUCAUUUCAUUAUCAGAUCGGAGCACAAGGAACAAUGUCUUUUUCACGGCAUGACAUCAGGGACCAGACAAACCCCUUGCUAAAUUUAAUUUCCCCCGUAACGGCGUUAAUGGAGACCUGGAAGGCCCGACGUGGCCUGUCACAGAACUCUCUGUCCUCCAGAGGAGAAGGUUACCCUGGCCAGGGGUGCAUCACGGAAAACAUGUCGAGGUGGAGUUCUUUUAACAGUAAGGGGUGGAAAUUCAUGUCAAGCCUUACCCUGCCCCCCCUUCUAAGUUCACCUAGGAACUUGACACAGCGUGACAGCUCGUCGUUAAGACACUCAUCCUUGGGCUCCUCUACGGCCAAAGUGUGCUUGGUGUGUGGAGACGAGGCCUCAGGAUGUCACUACGGUGUCGUCACGUGCGGCAGCUGCAAGGUCUUCUUCAAGAGAGCCGUGGAAGGUCAGCACAACUACCUGUGCGCUGGAAGAAAUGACUGUAUCAUCGACAAGAUCCGGAGGAAAAAUUGCCCGGCGUGCAGAGUACGCAAGUGUCUUCAGGCCGGGAUGAAUUUAGGAGCGAGGAAGUCCAAGAAGCUGGGGAAGAUGAAGGGCGUGAGCGAGGAACCAGUACCGUCACUGCAAAGUCCCAAGGAGGGCCAGAAGGAGGCCGGCCACGGCGGAGCCCUGGUGCCACACACCCCGGGGGUGACCCCCUACCUGUCGCCCUCCAUCUGCAGUGUGCUGGAGCUCAUCGAGCCGGAGGUGGUGUACGCAGGCUACGACAACACCCAGCCGGACACCACCGACCACCUGCUGUCCAGCCUCAACCAGCUGGCCGGGAAGCAGAUGAUUCGAGUCGUCAAGUGGGCCAAAGUGCUUCCAGGUUUCCGAAGUCUGCCCAUCGAAGACCAGAUCACCCUCAUCCAGUACUCCUGGAUGUGCCUCUCCUCCUUUGCGCUCAGCUGGCGAUCCUACAAACACACCAACGGCCAGAUGCUUUACUUCGCCCCGGAUCUGAUUUUCAAUGAGGAGCGCAUGCAGCAGUCGGCCAUGUACGACCUGUGCCUGGGCAUGCGUCAGGUCAGCCAGGACUUCAUGCGGCUACAGCUGACCUAUGACGAGUACCUGGCCAUGAAAGUGCUCUUGCUGCUCAGCACUGUUCCCAAAGAUGGUCUGAGAAACCAGGCAGCCUUCGAGGAGAUGAGGGUCAACUACAUCAAGGAAUUGCGGAGGUCAGUGGGAAAGGCAACAAACAACUCGGGCCAGACGUGGCAGCGGUUCUUCCAGUUGACCAAGUUACUGGACGCCAUGCAUGACCUGGUGGGAAACCUUCUAGACUUCUGCUUCUACACCUUCCGGGAGUCGCAGGCCCUGAAGGUGGAGUUUCCUGACAUGCUGGUGGAGAUCAUCAGCGACCAGAUAUCGAAGGUGGAGUCCGGUCUGACGCACACGCUUUACUUUCACAAGAAGUGAAGGAGGGAUGGCACUCGGCUCAGAUAAGAGGGAGAGAGAAAGUGGGGUCUCGGCCGGAAGUGGGCCACCCUCGACCCCGUGCACUCGUGGAUGGAAUGGGAAUGGGAAGGGGGUGGGGGGGGGGGAGGAACACAGAAAGCUUGGAAUGGAAGCGGCAGCAGCAUCGGUGGCGGGACGAUUGCCUGGGAAGGACGAGGCGCUUGUGACGCACUUUGACACGACGGAGCAGACCCAUACCCCCAAAGACGGCGAUGACGGCACCCCCUGAUGAAUACUAAGCCAUACGUCUGUUGGGUCAAACCACACACCUUCACGGCCAUGUGGACAUGUGCCCUCACACCGAUGGGGGGAAAGAAAAACAACUGUUUUUCACACAGUAUGGCUACCUUUACAAACGAAAUCAACAGAAGCCAUCCCUUCGCAGUUACGUUGGUCGUCAUGUCAACACUGCAAACAAAAACAUUGUAAAGGAGGAGGUGCCAUUUUCUGCAUCUGGGAAAUGUCCUGGACGUGAGGUUAUCGAUAUCUCAGCAUCUGCAAGGGCUAUAGGAGUUCAACCAUAAAUUGGAAAGUAGCAUAAAAACAAUAUGUAAAAGUAAUCUGAUAAGUAUAUAUUAUAAAUAUAUAUUCACAAAAAAAAUAAAAAAACGCCUUUGCAUAAGCGUCAAACACCAAUCAAGCUUUUACUGAUAUGCAAGAUAGAAAUAAUCAGAUUAAUUGUUUUUAGCGAGAAGAUGCUCUGUACAGGAAAUUAGGGACUGGUGAAGCUUCAGCAUACUGGUGGGUCAUGGAGCUGCUGAUGUUGGACUUCACACAACAAAUAUGCAUUAAGAAAUGCUGGGAAUCAUUUUGGUCCAAAACCAUCGCGGGACGACAUGCCGAAGACCAGAAACUCGGUUUGACUCAUUUCUGUUUGCAAUAUGGCGAUAACUUGCUUUCUCCCCGUGAUAGAAUGUGUGACUGUAAUAUACUCAGAUCUUUCCCAUAAUUUGUCUGCCAUUAAUUUUACAUCUGUUUAUAGUCAUAAGGUCGAUUACUCAUUCUCUUAAACCAGCUUUUUGUAAAAACAGUAAGUACACUUUAUUUCAGGGUUCCAGCCAAAAACUAGGAAUGCAUCGCAAUGGUUUUUUUAAAAUCACAUCUAAUAGAUAAACCUUUUUUUUUCCCCAAACAGGGUGGUGCUUUUUAUUAUAAUGUAAAGCUUGCUGCACACAGACUGACUGUUGGUCUUGUGCGCUGCACACUGCAAUUUACACAGAGUUUUUACAAUGAGCAGAAACAUUUGUACUGGAACCUAAAAAUAAAGUUGAAAAUAUAAAUUUGUCUAUUUUAACGCUGAAUAAAGAGUAGGAAUAUACUUACCAGGCAGAUAACAGUAAAUUGCAUUGUGUUAACAUUUUUAGAUUCUAUACUAAAUAAGCUUACAGUACCCAAUAAGGUAACAGACGGUGACUGAUAUCAGUCAAGUUAUUUCUUUCUUCAGUAUUUUCACAUCACUUUAUGUUCAUUGGGCUAAUUCUGUAGGUUUGGACCAUUUUGUAACUUAUAUUUUAUCCAUAUGAAAUAUAGUAUUGGAGAUCCCCAGUUUUUUUACGAGGCAAUAAUAGUGGACGCCUAAUACCGUACGGUAAGCACAACGCCAACUGCUCUGAGUUGGCAGGGUGGUUGACGUGGCGGGAUCUGAGGAAAGGAGCGGCAGUGACAGACAUCGCAGGGCGAUUUCCCCCCGUCGUCACUCGCAGGAUAUACCUACAUUCUAACUGCCCACCUUAGAUUUGCACAGAUUAUUCGUGACGUUAGAGGCAUUAAUUAAUUACUAGCUUUGCUGCGUGGCUGAAAAAGAUACAAAAGGUUGGAAGCAGCUCGGUUUCUACCCUUAUAAUUUGCUUUAUCGUAUCACAAUGAGGUGCUUUGUGUGCGCGCGGUUGUUUUGUUUGUUCCCUGCACAAGGCCUUUGGCAGAAUUGUAACGUGCACAUUGAGAACAGCCUCCAUUUUGUGACCUGUGCCCUUUACGUACAUUUUCCUGCGUAAGAACAUUUUUGAAGGACCUGAAUCGAGCUGUAAAAAGUUUCUUUUAAUUUUCUUUUUCUUUCCUUUUAUAUAUAUAAUAUAUAUAUAUAUAAAAAGUAGUAAAAUUAAUGUUAAUGGUUCUUAGGAAGAAUGGGAAAGUAUUUUUGGAAGAAUUAUAUUUUGCUGGAAACAAUAUUUAAGUACUUUGUCUAGGAAAAAAAAAUUUUUUGUAAAGUGAAAUGUUUAUGCAUGCUUAUUGAAGAGAUGUUUACAGUGUAUUUAAGAAGGGAAAUUUGUGCCUUUUUAUCAUAAUUUACCAUUUUACAGUAUAUGUUGUAAAUAAGUGAGUCAUUAUAUUGAGUAGUAUAUUUCAUUUCUUUUGUUGGAUGUUACUGUAUGUUAAUGUGGGUCCCAAAACAUGCCCAGAUUUAGACUAUCGUGGUCUUUGGAGUUGCUACCAGAAUUGAAGUCAGAAUCGUUUGACAAACCUUAAUGAAUGUACAAAAACAAAGGAAAUACCAAACUACCUGAAUGUUAGAUUUUUGAAGAUGUCUGCGAAAAAAUAUUACGUGGUUUUUAAUGCUCAUUUAUUUCGAUGUGACUGUUAAUUGGCAAAGACAAUUAUCUCUGUUAAGAGAAAAGAAAAAGAAAACAAUUAUUUGAGCUGAAGCUGAUAAGUUCCAUCAAGGGGCAAUUUUUUUUUGUUUAUCAUGUUGAAGUCUAAUUAACAGCUGGUUCAUUCAAUAGCUUGUCAGUGCACCCAUUACGAUUCUGCGGUUAGCAUUUUAACAAAUGCUGAAUUUGACCAGUUGAGAGAAAAAUCGGCAGUUUACAGUAGUCACAGAUUGAUCGGGAUCCCAGUUCUGCCGAGAUUUUAUUCUGGAGACGGUAAGCAGGGAAAGGGAGAUGUCACUACGGAGACCAUAAAAAAUAUACUUUUUUUUAGCGUUUCUAUCUUGGUCUCAGAUUAUUUUAGCAAAGGCUCAAGUGAGAGCUCGGCCUUAUGGGUGUCUGUAUCUCGGAGGCUGGACUUGAAGGGUGUUCUCUGCGGAAAACAGUCUAUUUCUGACGGCUCAUCCUGAAUCCUGGCUUAGAGGGACUUUGCACAUGAGGGUUAACAAGCAGUGAAGUAGUGCUUUUUUGUUGUUUGAAAUUAAAAGGCCGGAUAUCAGUCAUGCCUUCCUGUUCAGUUUGAGCAUCUUUUCGCUGUUCCAGACUUACUUUUGUCCACGCCAUCUGAUAACUUAGCAGGCUGUCUUGCACAGAGACGUUUUAUGAUCUUGCUUGUCCAGCUACAAGCCUAUGCACCUGUAUUUUCACAGUGCAAUUUAAAUCUGUACAGUUAAAGAUAUGUAGCUUCAAAAAGGUAUUUUGACAGUUGUGCAUAAAAAAGUGACUUCACUUCAUACUAUUUCUGUGCAAUGCAAGUAUUUUAGUUGUUUAUCAAUCAUAAGGUUUUAUCCUUUUUGAUAUGAAAUCUAAUUGGUUAAAACUGGAGCUAAUGUGUUUUCACUACUGUAUAAAUUAAUCCAGAGUAGAGCAAUUAAGCCAUAACCCUAACAGUUCCCUGUGUUUCUGUUACUGGUUGAUUUUUUUUUUUGUUGAAGUUUUUAAUCCAAGGCUUUGUACAAUAUUUGUCUGCAAAUAUUCACAGUACAUUUCAUACUUCAUUAUUAAAAAAUGCAAAACAAUUAGUUCCUACAAACUUACUGUAUAUCUUGAAGCAAAUAUUGCUUUAAUUGUAUUUGCAAAAAAAAAAAAAAAAACAGAGCGAGGGAUUCUAAUAAACCCUUUAACAAAA